AAAGAACAACAAUAAAAACUAAAAUGAAAUUGUUCAUCGUAUUAGCUGCAGUGGCCUUAGCCCAGGCCGCCAAACUGGACAGGACUUACCUCCCUCCCAACGCCCAGGCAUCAGCAGGAUCUGCCUUCCUCGAAGCUCCUCGUCAAUCCAAUGGAUUCCAGGAACAAAAUGGUGCCUUCUCUAACAACCAAAACGGUGCUUUCUCUAGCAAUGGAUUCGCUAACCCCGAUGCUCAGAGCGACGCUUACUCAAGUUUCGAAGCCCGUCCCGUAGAGCGCGCACAGGCUGCCUUCGAGAGGAACGCUGCUAUCCUUCGCCAGGACAACUCCAAUGAUGGAGAAACCUACGCGUAUGCUUAUGAGACUGAGAACGGUAUCUCCGCCGAGGAGAACGGAGUGGCGACCAACGGAGUGCAGGCUCAGGGCGGAUACUCCUACACUGGGGAUGAUGGCAAGGUCUACUCUGUGAGAUACACCGCUGACGAGAACGGAUUCCAGCCCCAAGGUGACCAUCUUCCUACAUCUCCUCCAGUCCCCGCUGAAAUCCUGAAAGCCUUGGAACAGAACGCUCGCGAUGAGGCUGCUGGCAUCUAUGACGACGGUUCUUACACCGAAAAUAAAUACGCUGCCGACAGCCAACAACAGUACUACGACAGCAACGCCCAAGCCAUCAACUAUAACAGCGCCCAGUCCAACAACUACAACGCUCAGUCCAACAACUACAACAGUGCCCAGUCCAGCAACUACAACGCUGAGUCUAACAACUACAACAACGCUCAGUCCAACAACUACAACAGCGCCCAGUCCAGCAACUACAACUCUGAGUCUAACAACUACAACAACGCUCAGUCCAAUAACUACAACAACGCUCAGUCCAACAACUACAACAACGCCCAGUCCAACAACUACAACGCUGAGUCUAACAACUACAACGCUGAGUCCAACAAUUACAACAACGCCCAAUCCAACGACUACAAUGCUCAGCGCAAAAACUACAACAGAGCUCAGUCAAACAACUACAAUGCUCAGUCCAAUUACAACACUGCUCAGUCCGACUACAACGCUCAAGCCAAAUUCAACGCUCAAUCCAACUACAAUAAUGCUGACACUACCAGCGCCCUAAUUCGCAACGAUGCUUCAGGAAGCAGCAACAAUGCUAAUGCAGUCCAGAAGGCUUACCUUCUACCCUUCGCUCAGGCUAACACUGACGCUAUUGUAACCAACAAUGCUCUUCUCCGCAAUGAUGCAGUUGGAAGCAGCAGUUCCUCCGUUUCAGGAUUCCAGAGAGCAUACCUCCCACCCGUUGCCCAGCGUCAGAGGAAUGGUGCGAGGCCAUCCUUCAACGCUAGAGACGGCUACCGUUACUAGAGGCUAUUAUCGAUAAAUAUAAACGAC